AUGAAGUUUGUUUCUCUUGCUCUUGCUAUUAUGCUCCCUGUGGCUUCCUUGGCCGGAGCGGACACUCGUCAUGGUCUCGAGAAGCGAGACACUUACGCCUAUACCGAAGUCGAUGGCCUCGCCUAUAGACAUUGCCCGAACACAUCAUGCGAUCUUAUGGGUCGACUUGACGCGGGGACUGUUCUAUAUCUAUAUUGCUACACCAGAACAGGAACAACCGAGGUAGAUGGCGACUACGGCUGGGCCCAGAUAACUCAACCCGCAAAUCUCGCAAACUACUGGGUGGCUCUUGCCAACGGUAAAUAUGUUACGUGGUCUAGUGACUUGCCCGCUUGCUAG